AUGUCAGAAAUUGUUACUUUUGGAGCUGAGGGGAUACUGACGAAGGUGGCUUCACUUGCCCAACAAGAAUUCAAUCUUCUGCGGGGAUUCAAAGGAGAACUCACAAGGCUGCGUGAAUCAUUGUCCACGGUUCAAGCCAUGCUACGAGAUGCCGAAAAAUCACAAGUUCAGGCCGAGUCAGUCAAAAAGUGGGUGAAGGAGCUUGAAGACAUAGCUCAUGAUGCCGAUGAUGUGUUGGAUGAAUAUGAAUAUGAAGUUCUCCGGCGUAAGGUAGAAGUGCAAGACCAGAUGAAGAAAAAGGUACUCAAUUUCUUUUCACUCCACUACAAUCCCAUUGCAUUCCGUCACAAAAUGGCAGAUAAAAUCAAGAAAAUCAACUCAUCUUUAGUCAAUCUGAAGACUGAUGCAGCUAGUAUUGGUCUAGUUGCAAAUUCGACAUUCCAAGGUGGAAGCUCUCAUGAUGCAGGAGUUGACAGGGAAACCGUCUCCAGCUUUGCUCAAGACGAAAAGUACAUAAGGGUGAAGGUUGUGUCAGAGAUAGUAACAACCUUGAUCGACUCAAGCAAUACUCAAAAGAAUUCUCUCUCGGUUAAGCCCAUUGUAGGACUUGCGGGCUUGGGAAAAACAACUUUGGCUAAAUCUAUAUAUAAUCAUGAUGAGAUAGGCAGACAAUUCACUAUAAAAAUAUGGAUAUGCGUAUCUAUUCCUUUCGAAGUCAAUUCGAUUUUAAACAAGAUGUUGGUACAUUUUAAACAAGAAAAGGCUCAAGAGAAGGAAGCAGCACGCAAAAAUCUUCAAGAACAUCUGAAAGGAAAAAGAUAUUUGCUCGUACUCGAUGAUGUUUGGAACGAAGAUCCUGACAAAUGGAAUGAUUUGACGAAUUGUUUGUCAAGUGUUAAAGAUACCCAAGGAAGCAGCAUUCUUGUCACUACCCGUAGUGAGAAGGUUGCAAAAAUCGUGCAGACACUUCCUAUGUGUAAUUUGGGAAAACUAUCAGACGAUCAAUGUUGGCUCAUUUUAAAGAACAGAGCAUUUCUGGAUGACAGUGCUCCUUUGACUAAAGAUCAAGAGAGAAUUGGAAAGGACAUCGCCAGAAAGUGUGAAAAUAUUGUGUAA